UAUAUAACCAACCAAGAAACUUCCUUCCAAAUUCCCAAUUUCCAAAUUCCAUCUCUCUCUCUUUCUAAUUGCUUCACCUUCUUCACUGUUCAUGAAGAAAAUCAAAGAUGCAAAAGAUUGAAAAGAACAGAGACGACCCAAUAACCAAAUCCCACUCCCUAAUCUCACCAUUAUCUCCCAAAAAUUCCUUCUCUUCAUCUUCCUCCUCCGAUUUCGAAUUCACCAUCUCAAUCUCCCCUCGUAAAUCCUCCAUCGCGCUCUGUCCCGCCGAUGAGCUCUUCUGCAACGGUCACCUUCUUCCUCUCCACUCUCGUCGGAACUCCCUCGUUCCCACCCUCCUCCCUUCCUCCAGCACCUCCUCAUCCGCCGACUCCGCCGCCACCACAGCCUCCCGUGACUCCACCGGCAGCUCCUCCACCGACUCCUCUCGCUCUUCCUCCCAAAAUGAUCCCACACGUCCUACCUCGGACGCCACCGAUCUAAACACCGGAAUCCGACACCGGCACGAUAAGAAAUGCAAACAGUUUUCCUUUUCUAGAUUCUCGUCGGUUUUUAGAAAAGAGCCGAAGAGUGUCAAUAAUGUCAGUACAGGUGGCAGUGACUCCAAGCCACCACGUGUUAAAGGGAUUGGAUCCACUGCUAAGCAAGUGAUCAAGAAGUACUUCAGAAAAGUUCAGCUGAAAAUUGGGUCCAAAUCCUGCCACUCGCCAGCCACGCCGCCGCUUCCGCCGGAAUCCACGAAAAAUAGUUCCUUAACUUCCGGCACGGCUGAGGAGAGCGGCAGAUUCUCCCUCUCAUUUUCAGGAAAUUUAAGGUAUCCGCGUGGGAGAAGCAGCCUCCUACCGAGUGGCCCAUCUUCAACACGGUCAUCACCGAGUCACUCCGGCGUGCUCCGGCGAGGUGGCGUACAAAGCAUGAGUUCCGUUAGUGGCUACGGAUCGUCAUACUCCGCCGACAUGUCGUCAAUGGAAGAACUCCACAGUGCAAUCCAAGGCGCCAUUGCUCAUUGCAAGAACUCACUAAUCCAUAACAAGAACGCCGACGAGUCAUCAUCCUUGAGCUGAAUCAGCCCCACACUACAGUUUUUAUUCCAUAAUUACCCCUGUAAUUUAUGUUAGGGUAUUUUAAAAAUUAUUAACUGUGUAUUUCUAUUGGCGGUAUUAUACAUACAUACAUACAUAUAUAUAUAUAUAUAUAUGAGAUGUAACUUGUAAGAGAGACUUGUGUGACAUUAAAUGUUGGCAACAUGAUCAUAUGCUUCCCCUUUUUGUAA